CCAGAUUUCGGUCAACAUGAAGUUAUAAAUUGGGCAUCCCCCCAAGGUCUUUUCGAGUUUAUGGAAGCAGGACAAGCAGUUCAACAGCUCUUCAUUCGUGCAUUGCCUCCAACAACUGUAUUAUACCUUACCUGCCUCAAUCGCAUUUUUGUUAAAUACCACCACCAUGACAAAGCCCAUUACGAUUCUUCUAGCAUUAGCCGCCACCGUUCUCCCCCUGGCCGAGGCAAAGGCGUGCAAGGAGGGACUCAAAUACUGUGGCUCUACCCUGCUGAGAAGAGGAGACUACCUGGAUGAGAUUCGGAACGAGCUUGAGAGAGUUGGGAUCCCUCCCCGGGAGGGAUUUGUAUGGAACUCUCUGUUCGAUUGUGGUGGUAACGGAUGGAUUGGCUGGCAGGCCUACUGCGGCACAUGUAUUGAUGGCGGCGACGGCAAGGAUGAUUACUGCAAGUUUGAUGUACCGUGGUAUGGUGCAUAA